CUGCAAAAAGUGAGGAAGAAUUAAAGAGAGAGAGAGGGAGGGUGUGGGCCCCACAUCUCCCGCCUUUCCUAUAAAAACUAAAAAGCAUGUAACGUAUCACCCAACCAUCCCAAAACAAGCGCGCCCCUUCCUUUGUUUGCCUCACUCCAUUUCUCCUCCUUCCUUUUGAACUUUCCCUCUCACAAAUCACACACAGAUUCAUGUGAACUUCCCUGUAACGCUGCUUCGACCAACAAAAAAAAGUGUACGAGUAUCUACUUCCGGUGUGUGUUUCAAACUCUCUGGUGUUUUGCAUAAUGGAGAAGAAGGCUACCCUGGCAGCUGCGAUGGAUUGGAGACUGAAAAUCAAGAACGAAACUGGACAGAAAUUUGUCAAGUCUGUAUACGCAAAGUUGAAGGAACAGUGGUCUGCUUGCCGUCCUGAUGCCUAAAACAAAUUACUAACCUUGCGAUGGAACACGAGAAGAAGUUGUUUAAAAAUGCAAAUUCUAAGGAACAACAUAUUCCGCAGUCACUGUCACAGCCACACGAACGACUACAUGGACAAAAACUGAAAGUCAGACAGACGCAUCAACAAUAUCUUAUGCAUAAUCAAAGCUGUGUUAGACCACAGAAUACACUAACUGCACCAUGUCGACCACAGGGUUUCCAGAGUCGAGCUUUUGGAAAUCAUAUGCCCCCAGAAAUGUUCACACAACAUCCAAAAGUUGUGAACUUGCAGCCAAAUGAGAAUUUGAGUGCCCAAGUAAAAGAGGAAGUGAUUGAUGAAGAUUUUAUUGGCUCAACAUUCUUACAUCAAUACUAUUCUGCGAUUGAGCAGCAUAAGCAACACCAGACGGUCGGAGCUUCUGCAGUUCCAAAUGGAAAUCCAAAUGCAGAAGAUUGGCAUGAUCUGGCAUUGUCUGAGGUGCAACGCCUCAGGACACACUUGCCUCUUUUGACGAAGGCAUAUGUGAGGGCAUCUGAACAGUGUCUGCAGGUAGGACAAACAGAGAAGAUGCAGAAGUACGAGCACGAUAAGAAUAUACUGCAAAAAAUUAUCAACUUUUUGAAAUUGCCCGAGGACAGAAUCAUAUCUUACACCAAAGAGAGCUUUUAUCGAUGUGUGCAAACAAUUGAAGAAACUCUGAAAGUUCAUGAGAAUGGCAGUAUAAACAUCGCCAGUAAGCGGCAGCCCCUACAUGGGCAGCCAAGCCUCUGUCAAUCUCAUAUAAACCCAGCUCAGCAAACUAAUAGUUUUGAUAGUUCUUCUCCUAGAGCGCCACGAGAAAUAGGUUCCUUGAGGUCAGAAGCAGACUGGAUUCAGAAAUAUACUCCGCGGAAUAGGCAACAUUCAGAAAAAAUCGAGCAAGAAUUUAAGUCCUCGUGGAUAAAGCAGAAUCAGAAGUCAACAGAAAAUAUCCAGGCAAUUCGUAGAUCGGGAAUGUAUUUGGAGAAUCAUUUCAACUCGAAAUUCUCUCCUCAAACUCAUGAGGCUUCACGGCUUUCUCAGAUUGCAGAGCGAGCACUUCCCAAAAUUGCUUGCAAUUCUUUGUAUGGAAGAGCUUCUCCCACCUUUCCUUCAACAGAUGGGCUUGGAAAAAUUUCUUCAAAUGUUUCCUCCCUUUGGAGCCCAAUCUCUCAAUUCUCUCAAGAAACUACUCGUUUUGGAAACAAUGGACAAUUGUCAACAACUCAGCCUCAUAAUCGCUUGCUUAAAGCAGUUGAGUCAAUAUCAAAUGAAGCAUUAAGAGCAGCUAUACUAGAAAUAAGUUCAGUUACGAAUAUGGAAGACAGAAUAACAGAACCGUGGUUUUGCGAAAAGGAAACACAUUUAAGCUUGCAAGAUGGGGGCGGUUCCUCAAAGAAUAUGAAGCGAAAAAUGAAUGCAACAACCUUAAAUGACAUGCCAUCGCCUUGCAGUGAUAUUGUUGGGUCUGAACCAACAGUUACAUCAAUAAGCAAGAAGCUCAAGAAACUGUCUGAUAAUGCCCUAUUGGAAGAAAUGAGAAACAUAAACAGACAUUUCAUUGAAACGGUCUUAGAGUUAGAUACGGACGAGAAUGUGAAUAGGCGAUUGGCCAAUGCGGGUACCGUUCUUCGAUGUUCAUAUAGAGCUGCAACCGAAGGUAAAAAUUCAGUGUUCCAUUCUGAAAACAACACACUAAAGUUGCCAGUGCUUUCAGUGAAGCUGCUUGUGCCCCUGGAUUAUCCAGAAGAUUACCCUGUAUUCCUAAGCAAAUUGAACACAGAGUGCGGUACUGAGGAUGAAGAAUUUAGAGACAUGUGGAGCAAAGCGACGUCCCUGCUAAAUGCAUUCCUCCGCACCGCUCCUGUCUACUUGUCUCUUGAAGAGUGUGCAAAGGCAUGGGAUGAAUGUGCUCGCGCUGUGGUAUGUGAUUAUGCUCAACGUGCUGGCGGAGGAUGCUUCAGCUCUCGAUAUGGGAGUUGGGAGGACUGCGCCGCUACCUAACCUCCCUUUGAACAGAAUUCAGCUGAACAAUAUAGACCACUAGGUCGUUUGUUUGCUAGAUUCUAAGAUUCUAAGAUACCAGCUGAACAUAAUAUUUUGAACAUAAUAUACCACUAGAUUCUAAGAUUCGCAUAUCA